UCAUGUAAAUACCCCAAAUUACACACAACACCCCUUUUUCAAUUUCAAUAUCAAAUUAGAGCUCCUCAGAUUAACCACCACCGCUUCCAUCGCCGUCGCCGCCGCCUUAAAGCCUCCGACUUUAUCCCCCUGAUUGGAUUUCCUGUCUUCCUCAGAGAUCGGCGAUUCGAAUUCGAAACAUAUAAUCCAAUUUUUUAAUUAGAUUAAAAAGACCUAAAGAAAAUUAUGGACAGUGAUUCAUGGAGCGCUCGUCUUUCCAGCGCGUCCAAGCGUUACCAAUCUGCUCUGCAAUCUCGAUCUGAUAUGUACAUGGGGUUUGAAGAAAUUGAUGGGGAUGACGAUAUCAGGGAGGAGUUUUCAUGCCCAUUUUGCUCUGAAUACUAUGAUAUUGUGGGAUUGUGCUGCCACAUAGAUGAAGAGCACCCUGUGGAGGCAAAGAAUGGGGUGUGCCCUGUUUGUUCAUUGCGUGUUGGGAUUGAUAUGGUUGCGCACAUUACCCUACAACAUGGGAAUAUAUUCAAGAUGCAGCGCAAGAGGAAAACACGGAAAGGUGGAGCUCAUUCAACACUAUCGUUGUUGAGGAAAGAACUGCGGGAAGGAAACUUGCAGUCUCUCUUUGGGGGCAAUUCCUGUUUACUUAACAAUGUAGCAGCCGAUCCAUUGUUGUCAUCAUUUAUUUUGCCCAUGGCUGAUGAUUUUGUCAGUGUUCAGCCUCACUUUUCAACUGAAACAAGCUUAGCCAAGAAAAGCACAGAGAAAGUAUUAGAACAAACUGUGCAGGCACCUCCUAUGUCUGUCAAGGAUAAGCAAGAGAAAAUAAAAAGAUGUGAAUUUGUUCAGGGGCUGUUGUUGGCCACCAUCCUUGAUGAUGGGUUAUGAAGUGGAGUUUCACAACAGAGAGCCCCCACCUUCUGUUCGUUGUUUGUAGCGACUUUGCCGAUGUAUGAAACACAGUGUUGAAUAAGCUGUAGGAGUUGAGUGUUGAGUGUAAUUAUGUGGGCAUGUUAACUUUAGUUUAUAGGCCUGAACAAAGCUUGAUACUAUCAGUUUAUUUUCAGGUCGUUAAGGUUUUAAAUGAAAGAAAAAAGUCAUUUUGCUUUUCAUUAUUUUGUCCCCCC